AUGCGAACUGUUACCAUAUUAUUACUGGUGGUCAUCUGUUUGCGCGGAAUGAAUACGCAAGAGACCGAAGCCAAUGCAGAACAAUCAACGGUGACCACAAUAACUUCGGAGUCUAAUAAACAAACUUCUCCACAAAGCACAGGCAGCACGGGUGCUGCAUCAGUUCCCGGCACUAUAUCCACCCCCGCAUCCACAGUGUCCACACAAAGAGCAUCUACCACUGGUGGUUCAAUGCGACUUCUGGUUCACGCAACUGGCUGGAUUCUACCACUUAUCACCGGGACUGCCCUCUUUUGA